UUAUCGUAAUGAACUGCCAUUUUUAAUUUAAUCUCCAAGUUGAAAACAGAGUUAUGAUGCCGGUGAAAAAUCACUUCAGCUACCAUCUCAAAUCUCAGCUACCUCCCUUUAAGCAUGUACACAUAUAUGCAUUGCAAUGUUAUAUUGCUACAAACUUGAAAAAUUGAAAAUAAAUGAAAAAGGAAAGCAUGGAAGAAGGACUUAUCAAGAAACCCGUGACCAAUAAUGAAAUAAAAAUCAAUGGAAAAGAUGAUACUGUGGGCUCAUCUGUCACUCCACUUCUUCUCUUUAGCACUGUUCUUAGUGGAUUUGUUGCUCUCUCCAAUGGCUGUGCUGCUGGAUAUACAUCUGCUGCUGAAGCUGGAAUUAUGGAAGACUUGAGUCUAUCUAUUGCUCAGUUCUCGUUAUUCGGUUCAAUUUUAAAUUUUGGAAGCAUGUUUGGUGCAAUUGCAAGUGGAAAGCUAGCUGAUCUCAUGGGCAGGAAACCUACGAUGUUGCUGAUGGACAUAUUAGUUAUCAUUGGGUGGUCAGCAAUCAUUUUUGCACAGGGCGCUUUGUGGCUUCAACUUGGAAGAUUGUCAAUAGGAUUUGGAUUUGGAAUUCUGACCUACUUGUUACCAGUAUAUGUUGCUGAAAUAACACCAAAAAAUAUUCGGGGAGGAUUUUCAGGAGGAGUUAUGUUCAUGAUAAAUGUUGGUGUCUCUGUGAUGUUUUUCGCUGGGAAUAUCAUUGCAUGGCGAUCCUUGGCUGUAAUAGGAGUUUUACCAGCUCUCAUACAUGUGCUGGGGUUAUUUUUUGUACCGGAGUCACCUAGAUGGUUGGCAAAUAAUGGUAGAGAAAAACAGUUUGAAGAUACUCUACAACGCUUACGGGGCCCAAAUGUUGAUAUUACCGGCGAAGCAACUGAAAUAAGAGAUUCUAUAGCAACUCUUCGUCAGCUCUCAGAACCAAGAUUCAUGGAAAUGUUUGAGAAAAAAUAUGCUCGUUCCCUCAUUGUAGUAAUUGGUACACUGAUAUUGUUACCACUUGGUGGCAGUCUUGGGCUCUUGUUCUAUGCAAGUUCGAUUUUCAGAACCGCUGGUGCUUCAGUUACCCUUGGUACCACAGCAUAUGCAAUAAUUCAGAUUCCAGUUGGUGCUUUGGGUGUGCUCUCAUUAGAUAGAACAGGAAGACGUCCACUUCUACUGGUAUCUUUUAUCGGGGCAUGCUUAGGGAGCGUUCUUGCAGGAGUAGCAUUUGUCUUACAGGAUCUUAAUUUGUGGGAAGAGCUGAGCGGCACAUUAGUGCUCAUUGGCGUUCUGGUAAAUCUUUUAUCAUUCUCACUGGCGGUUUCUGUACCAUGGGUAAUCAUGGCUGAGAUGCUUCCGAUAAACAUUAAGGGUCCUGCUGGAAGUCUUGGAACAUUUUCAAAGAUGUUCGUUGCUUGGAUUGUUAAUUAUAUCUUCAACUUCUUACUGGAAUGGAGUCCAUCAGGAAUGUUCUUCAUAUUUGCGAGUUUCAGUGGUUUGACGAUUCUUUUUGUUGCGAAGAUGGUUCCAGAAACAAAAGGAAGAACACUAGAGGAGAUAGAAGCAUCAAUGCUUGAUAAAUCUGUCUAAGGCUCUGGGCAAUGUGUAUAGACAGUGUAUCUCUAGUACAAUUUCAUAGCAGCUGGUGACAAAUUUUUUCAUCGACACAGGGAAUUAUUAUUAUUAGUAGUACUCAGAGAUUUUACAAUUAUGCAAUAUGAAAAGAAUAUAUAGGAAAAUGGAACUGAUA